AUGGAUAUUAAUAUAGUUAAUACAAUUUUACGAUUAUGUUUUGAACAACAAACAUGUCUAUUUGAAGUUCCGAUUUUAUCUGAUUAUUGUCUUGAACAACAUUUAUGUACAAAUUCUAAACAUGUACUUGCUAGUGUUAAAAAUUAUAUGGAAAUAUUUAAAAUUAGUCGUGAUCGAAACCGUAUUGAAUUCUUUAUGCCUUUUGAAAUAUGUCGAAAUAAUUAUUUUGAUAAUACAUGUCAAAAUAAUGGUGAAAUAUGUUCAAAUUUACAUGUAUGUUAUGAUUAUUUCUACACAAAUUCAUGUCGUCGUUCAUCAAAUUGUCCAUAUCCACAUCUAUUAAUUGAAAGAAUACAUAAAACAAUUCUUGGAUCAUUAACUAGUCUGGAUUUAGAUGUAUUAACAAAAGCUUUUAGAGUUUAUUGUCAAUCAAAAAAACAUCUAUUAAAUUAUAAUACAUCAAAUAUGUCAUCAUCGAAAAAUUCCCAACCGACUCCAUCUUCGUCAUCAAUUAAUAAUAAUAAUUCAACAACAUCAUCAACUUGUCCUACUGCACCAAAUGCUUGGCGAUUACCAGCUACUCCUCAUAUUAAUGGAAAUUCAUCUUGGAAAACUAAUAAUCGAACAAAUUUAACUUCAAAAAUACUCCCUGUACAACAAACAAAAAAUCAUAUUCCUGACAAAGGUCUUCAGAUACGUUGGACACCAUUAAAAGAUAUUCAAAGUCAUUUUGUUGAAGUAGUUUUUAGUAAUCAAGGCAAAUCGAAUGGUGGUCCAUUACGCACACAUACUACUUAUCAACAUUUAGGUAUUGCUCAAGUAUUUUAUCAAAAUUUAGAUAUUACUGAACGAGUUAUUCGUCAUGGUCCUAUAACAUUUCAAUCAUUUACAUUUACACCUCGUCUUCUUCAACGUACUAUUGAUAUGCGUCAUAUAUGUCUUUCAAAUAUAUCUAUUGAAAUCACUCAUAUUCCAUUAUAUAUUAAUACUGUAUCAAUGCCAUAUAAAAUAAAUCGUUUUGAAUUUUAUCAAAAUGAUCAAAAGACAAUUCUUGUUGAAUAUAAUGAAGAUAUUGAUUUUUCGAAAAUUUUAUCAAAUGUCCGAAAUUAUCCUGAAUGUCAUGGAUUAGCAAUAAAAUGUAUUCAAUUAUAUCAUCCGGAAACAUUAUUUAUUGAAUAUGAUCAUGAAUAUGAUAUUAAAAAAUUAUUUUCAAAUGAAAAAAUUUUUCAUAUUAAAACUUAUCCAUUUUGUGCGUUUGUACAUUUUUUUUCUCAUGAUGAUUUAAUGCGUUCAAUUAAAACAUCAUUGAAUGAUUCUAUACGAAUGACACCAAUUUAUAUCGAUAUCUAUUCUCAACAACAUCUAGAUAAUUAUCUACAACGACGUCAAAUGGAAUUUGAAUCUAUGAAAAAUUCUUUAACACCUUCGAUAAAGGAGACGGAAGUAAUACAGAAUAUUGAAUUACCUGAAAAAAUUGAACCAUUAUUACCUGUAAUAACAAACGAACAAAUAGAUAUUCCUUCGGAAAUUCAAGCUGAAGAAGAAAUUUCUCUAUUAAAAACACCUGAAACUAUAAUUUCCAAUCAUGAUGAUGUUGGUGAAGAUGAUAAUAUUGAAAAUAUUGAUAAUGAUAUCCAAGCAAGUGAUGAUGAUUUUCAUGAUUUACCAUCAGAAUUUGAUGAUAAUGAUUUAUUUCUUGAUGAAUCCAUUGAUAAUAAUGGUGAUAUGGAAUUUCUUCGUAGUGCAGCGAAAAAUUUAAUGUCAUCAUUAAGUGAAAUGGAAGAAGCAAGUAAUAAUACAAAUGCUAUUGAUGCACCUCAUUCACUAUUAUAUGGUGAUGAUUAUAUUGUUACUAUAAAAAGUCGUCGUUUUGCAUUAGCAUUUCUUGAUUAUACACAAUUUCGUGUUGAAAAACAACGUAAUCCAGAUAAAUUUCGUUUACUUUCAUCAUUAAAAAAACAAACUGCUAUAAAUCAAAAUAAACGAAAAGAUAAUCAACAACGAGAUGAUGAUACAUCAUCACCCAUAUCAAAUAUUGAUUCCGAUUUAUUACUAUCAAUAGAAACAAAAUCAAAUAAAAAAAAACGUCAUCGAAAAAAUAAAAAGAAAAAAAAUAUGAAUAAUAACGAUAAUAAAGACCAACCUGAACCAACACCGGAUUCAGCGAAUGACAACGAAGAAGAUGAUAAUGAUGGUACAACACAUGUUCUUAAUUUUCCUACACAACGAUUACCACAUGUUUAUCUUGAUGAUGAUCUUAAACCGUGUAUUGUUGUCGCUGGUGAGGAACAUCAUGAAGAAAAUGGACAUGAUGCAAAUGAACAUGAUGAUUGGCAUGAUAUUAAAGCUGGUGGUAAACAAGUUCCCGUUUCAAAAAAAUCCAAAAAACGAAAACAACAUCAACAAGAAAAACUCAACAUGAAUAUCAUCGAACAGCAUACACUUACUCCAACUAUUGUUCCAACUGUGCCACAUAUUCGUUCGCAAUCUCAAGCCAAUGAAUACAAUUCUUUAAUUAUACCUAGAAAUUGUCGUGGUUUUAUUCAUAAUCCAAGAUUAUAUGAAACAUUUCGUUUACGUCUUCGACGUUCAUUUCCAUCGAUAAAUAUUCAUUUUCAACCGGAUACUUACACAAUAAUUAUUGAUGGAAAUAUCAAACCAAAUGUUCAACAAUGUCUUCAUUAUCUUAAUUCAUUUCAAACACAUAAACAUUCCUUAUUAAUAUCCUAUGAAAAUUUUCCUCAAACAACUAUAACAAAUGUCAUGCGUAUGCAACAAUCAACAGCACAAGUUAAACUUAUUAAUCAUGCAAAUUAUAAUCGAAUAUUUUGUUCAACAUAUCGUCUGAUUGAUUUUCAUUUGAAACAACAAUCUAAUCCACAACAAUGUAUUUAUUGUCGACGAUCGAAAAAAAAAUUUCAAAUAACAUAUUUAGAAUUUCCAUGUGAUAAACAACCUAUCAAAGAAAUAAAUAGUUUAAUACAAGAUCGGGUUUUACAAUUAUUAAAUACACGUUUUACAUAUAUUGCUAUUGCAUUAUCAGCUGAUUUAAUGCGAACAAAACGUUGGGCAGGAUUUUAUAAGAGAUUAUCUGAACAUAAAGAUAUAAAUAAAACUUUAUUAAUAAGAAAAAUCAAUACAAUUAUACAAGUUUAUGGUUUACAUGCACAUGUACAACAAAUACAAACAUUAUUAACGAAAUUUUUAGAUGAUAAUCGUUAUGAAACGGAUGUAAUUGAAACUGAACAGGCAAGUGGAAUAUUUGCUUUAUUUAAAAAUGAUUUUCAUGAAAUGGAAAAUUUGGAUAUAUUUCGUGAAGCUGAAUUACAUUUUGUUUAUUAUCAUCAUCGUCAUGUAUUACUUUUUCAAUGUUUUCAAGAAAAAUUUGAAAUGGUUAAAAAUCGAAUAGAAAAAAUGCGUGGGUAUCUUUCAACAAUUAUUCUACCUGUCAAAUCACCUAUACUCAGUAGAUAUUAUUCAAAAUCAAAUGAAAUGCAACGUAUAGGCAUGGCAUCAUCAUGUAUGAUUACAACUGAACAACGUAUUGAUCAUAAUCGACCGAAUGAUUAUUUAAUUAAUUUGAAAAUAAUCAGUCGUUCAUCGGAAAAUACAACUAAAGCACAAAAAUUAAUCAAAGAAUUUGAAGAACAAAAAUAUUCAACAAGAAAAAUACAUAAUCAUGAUAUUCAUCUAUUUACUGAACAAGAUAUUGCUGUACUACAAAAGGAAUGUAAUACAUGUCAUGUUUCAUGUAAAAUUGAUCAAGCGAACAAUAUUAUUGAAUUGGAAGGUCUUUCAGGAGAUUUUAUUCAAAUUGAAAAACUUAUUAAUGAUUUAUGUUUAAUUUCUGCACGACGUGCACUAGAUGAUAUACAAUAUUCAACACAAUGGAUUUAUUAUGAUGCGAUAACAAAUAGACCAGUUGCAUUUGGUGAAAUAAUUAAACAACAAUUAGAAAAAUGUUAUUUACAAAAACAAAGAGGAUUAGUCAAUUUAAAAGAUCAUACAGGUCAUAUUCGUACAUUUGAUUUGGAUAAAAUGAUUGAAAUUAUUCAUGGAAAUAAUCCAAAUUUACAUUCGACAGAUGUUAAAAUUGAACGACGAGAUUUUAAAAAUCCUCAAUCUAUACAACUUCCACCAUAUUGGACACCAAUGACAAAACCAUGGGAUCGUAUAUUACUUGGUAGACGAGAAAAUUUAUUUGAAUGGAAAGCUAAUAAUGAAAUUCAAAAAUUACUUAAAUUACCACAUAUGUUACCAGAACCAUGGCUUAUUGAAAUUCAUCGUAUACAAAAUCCACGUAUGUUUCAACAAUACAUGACUCAUAAAGAUAAUUUUGCUGCACGAUCACAAGCGAAUGAACGUAUUCUUUAUCGUUUGGCACAAGUUAAUCUUAUUGAUGAUAUGUGUGCUCAUGGAUUCAAUCGAUCACAUACUGAUUCAGCUUUUUCAGCUUAUGGUCAUGGUUGUCAUUUUUAUUGUAAAGCAAUCGAUAUCGAUCGAACAGCAACAUUAUUAGCAAAAAAUUUCGAAACAAAUUCAAUUCUUUCACAACAACAAACGCCAUCGAAACCACCCGUACGUUUUUUAUUUAUUUGCAAAGUUUUAGUAGGACGAUAUACACGUGGUGAUGCAUCAAUGAAAACAUGUCCACCCGGUUAUGAUUCAUUAGUCAAUGAUACGUUAUCACCUGAAGUAUUUGUUACUCAUCAUGAUGCACAAGUUUUACCAGAAUAUCUAAUUGCUUAUCAAAGUGCUAUUUUCUAA